AUGAGCGGGUACGACCAGGCUCUCCUCGCUGAGGCGCCGGCUGCGACGAAGGCCCAGCUGCAGGAAGGCUAUAAUCCAGACAUUUUACGACCUAAUCGUACACCUCCUGUACUCAGCGACACUGAACCAGAUCCCGAGAGCCAAAGCGGGCCCCCGACUUCAAAAGAGCACCUACCGCUUAGCGCCGGAUCCAGCUCGCCUUUGCGCCGCAUACCCUUCUGGCGCACGCGCAAGGGGAUUAUUAUCAUUGUCAUCGCGGUUAUUGUGGUGAUUGGGGCGGUGGUGGGAGGAGCGGUGGGUGGGACUGUAGGGAAGAGUAGCAACAAGAACAAUAAUGCUGUGGUAUCAGGGAGCUCUCAGUCUGGAAUACCGGCGGCGUCAGCUUCGUCCAGUGGAAGUGGGCAGGGCAUCGAGCAGGGCGCGCCAAUUACGUCCUCAGGAGUCCAGAAUGCGACAACGACGACACAGGCCGUUUCCACACAAUCAAGUGGCGACGGCACGCUGCAAGGUGGCGGAGGCCAAUAA